AUGUCUAUCAUUUUCCGAAUAGGUUUCUGCUUUGUGCGUUGCUGUAGCCUUUCGUGGAAGCUGCCCACCUCCGAAGCUAUACGUAAAGACAGUAAUACCACUGAUCGCAAUGAAACUUCCCCUUUCACACAACUCGGGGGUCGGCUAGCACUUGUCACCGGUGGAGCAAGCGAAAUUGGCCGUAGCGUCACCAAAGUGCUGGCUCGUGAAGGUGUUACCGUCUUCAUCGCCAAUAGAAAUGUGACAAAUGGGGAACAAACCAUAAAAAUGUUACGAUCAAUCCAAGACUGUGGUCACAUGGGGAUGUCCUCCGAUCUUCGAAACUCCGCCGACGUAGAACCUCUCUUCAAAGAAAUCGAUAUCAAAACUGCUUUCCCCGGAAAGAAGCUCAGUUUCGUUGUCAAAAGCGCGGAGAUCCGGCAGAAGUCCACAUCCCUGAGCUUGAUCAGCGACGCCACAUUUAACGACAUAAUCGUUAACAACCUAAGAGCCACGUUACUCGUUACACGUAAAGCGGUAAAGUCCAUGGUGGCUCAAAACGGGAGCAAGGACGCCAUUGUGAACAUAGCGAGCACCUUCGGCAGGGACGGAGUUUCCGCUAACGCGGCUUCGAAGGGCGCAGUUCUGGCCUUCACAGAGUCUCUGGCCUUAGAGCUUUCGAUCAAGGGAAUUAGGGUUAACGCGAUCCUGCCCGGGCUCACUGAUUCCCCUAGGGUUUGUCAGUCACCACCAGAAGUUGUACAAAACCAGGUUGUGAACAUCAAUCCCACACUGUCUACCUCGAAGCCGGAAGAAAUAUCUGAAAAGAAUGUGUUGAUUUUGAGCCCCUAG